AAUCCUGCCCGACUCGAUCGGUGCCUAUAAAUCCAUCAAGGCAGAGACAGGCAGCCGCAGAGCAACCCUGACCGACUGGCGAAGGAUCUCUUACUGGACUGAACGGAGCUGAGAUUUACUUUAUUAUAAAAUGAGUAUUUUACCCAAGGAGGAGGCAUUUGAGGACUUCAAGAGGCAAUGUUUGGCCUCCGAGAACUGGCUGAGUAAAUAUGACAGUAAUGGAAAGCAAGUUUGGAUCGAAGUUCUUCCAGACAGGGGGAUCAACUCACCCAAAGUCCAUAAAAUCAAGUGUAGAAUAAACAUCGAUGAUGUGCCGGCUGCCACCAUGUACGACGUUAUUCAUGACGGUCAGUACCGUAAGGAAUGGGACACCAACAUGAUAGAGAGUUACGACAUCGGCCGGCUCUCUGGCAACGCGGAUGUGGGCUACUACUCAUGGCGCUGUCCAAAGCCGAUAAAGAACAGAGACGUGGUGACUCUGCGUUCAUGGCAGGUGAAGGGGGAUGAGUACAUUGUUAUGAACUUCUCUGUCAAACACCCGGACUUCCCGAUAAAAAGCAAAUUUGUAAGAGCAGUGUCCAUCCUGACCGGUUAUUAUGUCAAAGCCACAGGACCAAACAGCUGUAUUUUCAUUUAUCUUUCACAAGCUGACCCAAAAGGUUCUCUACCGAAAUGGGUGGUGAACAAAGCAUCCCAGGUCCUCGCUCCUCGGGUGUUGAGUAGCGUGCACCAGGCGGGAAAGAACUACCCAGCAUGGAAAAAGAAGAACUCUCCGGACGUGAAGGCCUGGCUCAACCCGGAGCAGAACAAGCUCCCCUACAUUAACUCUGCCUUGCUGUCCAUACAGAGAGCGGACUCUCUCGAAAACGUGGAUGAAAGCUCCAAACUGGACGAUCAGGACGCUGAAGACAGCAGCUAAAAGUCGCACAAGUGAAAACGGAAAGGUGGCCGAAAAGAGAGAUUGGGGGUGACCUGUAUAUAAUGUUUUUUAAAAGAGACUUUAAGACUCCCAGCUUUCUGCGAUAUCACCGAGAUCCUUCAGCUUUAUAUCAGUGUGCCUUGUAGGAGUAUGAAGUGUUUACAAAAGUCUUAAUGCAGAAAAGAGCUCUGAUCAAGGUACCAUUCACCUCUUUGAGUCUAAGCUUGUGUGCAGGAACAGAGGUGGUGGAUAUUUUUAAAGAAGUACAACACAACGGGUCUGUGGCCAGGGUAUUUAUUUUCUACCUAUGAAAAAAAUCACAAAGUUUAAUGUGAAGGGAAAUGGAGUAUGACUGUUAAAUGUUGGCAUAUUGUUGGUGUCUGUAAACUAAAGAUUAGACCAUGCUUAAUUCCUAAAGUGCAACUUUCUAUUAGAACCUGAGACUUUCUUUAUUUUCGAAACUCAUGGCCAGUUAAAAUGAUACAACGCAGGUUUUGUGUUAGUAUGUUGACAGAAAUUUGCCAGUUUUUCAGGAAAAUACCAUGUACUAUUUCAUUAUUGAUGGUUAGAUUUGUCCCUUUCAAUAUGUAAUGAAGUGCAAUGGAGUAACAUAUGCCAAAGUCAUUCCCUCAAAGAGAAACAUUUUAUGUAAAUAGCAAUGUCGGUUAACAGUUUGAGUGUGGUUGAAGCCAUGAUUGGAAUUUUAUUGUAUUUAUUUAUUACACUAAACUGAUGAAGCCACGAUUGUAAUGAUGCCUGUUUGGCUGAAGUUUUUUUUUUAUGUUUUCAGAAUAUUUCAGGUUGACUUUUUAAAAAUAAACUAAAAAUGCUCGACA